AUGAGGAAUUCCACAACAAGGACAACAAAAUACAUCCUGGAACCAGUUGUCGGCACUUGUUUCGAUUCCCUUGCAGAAGCGUAUGAGUUCUACAAUCUGUAUUCAUGGGAGGUUGGUUUUGGCAUUAGAUAUGGCCAUAGCUACACGAACGAUGAACAUUAUAAGUCAUCGCAGGACCUGAUAUGCCAGUUAGAGGGGAUUGACAAGAGAGACAGGAAUGAUUCAGCACGCUGUGGAUGCAAGGCGAUGAUCCGCCUUCAUAGGACAGAUGACCAUGGUUGGUUUGUGGAGACAAAUCGGCCGGAUCACAACCAUCCGCUGUCUGACAACUGCGGUGAGAAAAUGCAAUGGAACUCACACAAGAGGAUUGACCAAGCAACGAAAGACACCGUCCGCUACCUGAGAGAGAACAAUGUCAGCCUCAGCAAAGUGCAUUGUAUUCUUGGCAGCAUGCACCGUUCUGGUGAUAAGCUCCCGUUCCUGAAAAAGUCGCUCCGCACCGUCUGUCAGCAGAUAGCAUUUUCUCAGAAAGAUGAUGACAUCAAGAAAACAAUAGAUCUCUUCCGGGAUAUGAGGUCUGCGGAUCCAGAUUUUGCUUUCAGGUUUGAUCUUGACCCUGAAGGUAGAAUAAAGAAUCUCAUAUGGACAUCUGGUCGAAGCAGGCGGCAGUACUCAUGUUUUGGCGAUGUAGUUGUGUUCGACACAACUUACACCACAAAUCUGUACAAGAUGCCAUUCGGGUUGUUUGUUGGCGUCAAUAACCACUUCCAGACUGUGAUAUAUGCUGGUAUCCUCAUGUCAGAGGAGACAAUAGAAGGAUUCAAUUGGGCAUAUACAGAAUUUGUAUCUCUUAUGGGAGGCAAGGCUCCGUUGACAAUGUUGACUGAUCAGUGUCGGGCCAUGGAGGUGGCUAUUGGCAUGACUCUUCCCAACACUGUGCAUCGUUGGUGUAAGUGGCAUGUUUUCCGGAAGGCGAAGGAAGAGCUUGGGGGAAUAUAUAGUAAGAAAACCGGUUUCAAGGAUGCCUUCAACAAUGUGGUAAACGAGAUGCUAACUGUGGACGAGUUUGAGAAGGGAUGGGGGCGGCUAAUUGAAGAUUUCGGGCUAGCUGAAAACAGUUUCAUGAUCCGGGCGUUUGAGGCUCGCCACAAGUGGGCGAAACCUUUCUUCAAGGACAAAUAUUGCGCAAGGAUGACUUCAACGCAGAGAGUUGAAAGUGCAAACCACAUGUUGAAGACAUAUGUUCCUCGGAAUUCCUCGAUGAACAAGUUUGUGUCCCAGUACAACAAACUUCUUAAAGAUAGGAAUGAGGCCGAAGAUUCAGAAGAACACAAAAACAAGCAGUGCAAUCGGAAAGAGAGAGGUGGCUGGCCGAUAGAGAAACAUGCCCGUCGUAUCUACACACGGGCAGUGAUGAAGCUUUUCAAAGCUGAGUUGGAGAGGGGACAGAAUUUCAACCCACCUAAAGAAAUAGAUGGCCAGGGUUUAUACGAGUUGGAGCAUUCGUAUGCUCAUCUCCGUCCAAGUUGGGCUCGGACUAAAUUCACGGUUCGUGUUGAGGAAGGCCAGCGUUUUAUAUGUGAAUGUGGUUUGUUUGGGCAUUUUGGUAUUGUGUGCGCGCAUGUCAUUAGGCUAAUGAUACACCUUGGGUUGAAUGAGAUCCCUGACUUUCACAUAAUGAAGCGGUGGACAAAAGCUGCUAGGGACAUUUUGGGUCCAGGUGUUGAGGGCCCUGUAGAUACGGAGCUGUCAUUGCCCAAGUCUUUCCGUCACAACAUAAUGUACGUCAGCGCCUUAGAGCUUGUGAAGAUGGGUGAUUUGGCAGAGAGUAAGUACCGCAUUGUCAUGAAACACAUCACGGCUGCAAAGAAAGAACUUCGUGAAGACGACACUCCGAUUGCUCCAUUGUACUAUUCUAGUGACGAUGGGGAUUCUCGGAGGUCGACUAAUAAAACAACCCAGCUUGAAGGGUUGGCUGAGAGUGGGGCAAUGACAAGUGAUGGUAUGCUUAUUAAGGAGCCAUUGGUUAAGAGGGGGAGAGGUAGACCCAAGGCAACAAGGUUCAAGUCUUUCCUUGAUGGAGGUUGUAGUAAAACAGCGAAGAAAGAUAAGAGGAAUGCGGUUAAUCGGCCGGAGGGUCUUUCACAGCAGACAUCAUUCUGCAAACGUUGCAGGAAGCCUGGGCACAACUCUUCUACAUGCACGGCACUUCCUGAUGGGGGGGCUAGUCCUGUAACUGGAAGUCUUCAAAAGAAGCCACGGAGGCAGAACAGAUGUAGCAACUGUGGGGGAGCCGGGCACAACUCCACGACAUGUACUGCUAGUGUGGAAGCACAAGAUGAUUAG